AUGUUCGCAUGCUCGCGCCGUUUCUUCACUGCCACGCCAGUGCAGCCCCUCUUGUGGUUCGGGCGCCGAGGCGCAUUUGCGGUUCCUCACCCCUCAAAGGCGAAAAACGGCGGCGAGGAUGCAUUUUUUGUGCACACAAGCGGAAUUGGUGUGGCUGAUGGCGUUGGCGGGUACGCACGCGUCGGCAUUGAUCCUGCCGUCUUCACGAGGAAUGUUAUGCGGUUUACCCGACAAGCGUUGGAUAAGGACCAAAAUGGCGGCACCAUCACUGCCCUGGAUGCCCUUAAUUAUGGUUUUGCGGAGGCACAAAAAAAGCGUCAACCCGGCGGGUGUCCGGUGUCGCUUGUCACUCUCGUCGAUGGACGUUUUGCCUCCGUGCUGAACCUUGGUGACUGUGGUACGAUAUGCUUGCGGGGUUCCGGGCUCUUUUUUGCCACCGAGGCGCAGCAGCACAGGUUUAACUGCCCGUAUCAGCUCCCGGAGGAUCCACCUUCGGCCGGGGACCGUGCAACGCUCGAGUUGAGCGAGGGGGACGUUUUCCUUUGUGCGAGCGAUGGGCUGCUAGACAACGUCGAAAUGGCAGACAUACUGCGGCGAUUAGAGAAUGUUGGACGCGAAGGCUGUCAGCGUGUCGCGGAGACCCUCGUAGAGGAGGCCUGCAGAAACGGGGUUGAUGACAAGUUUUUUUCCCCCUUUGCAAGGAAUGCAAGGGCGAUGGGGUACCGCUACUUUGGCGGGAAGCAGGACGACGUGACGGUCGUUGUGGCGCAACUGACGCGGCUUGACGUCGAGCCGAACGCCUGCCCGGGACUUAUCACAGAACUUCUUAACCUUCCCACCGAGUGA